UCUGCUAAGUCUUCUGCCUCCAGAGAGACAAUUAUACACAGUCUUAGAUUUCAAGGAUGCCUUCUUCACCAUACCCCUGGCCCCAGUUAGCCAGCCUAUCUUUGCAUUCGAGUGGAAUGACCCAGGGGGUGGAUUCUCAGGACAAUUAACCUGGACUAGACAGCCUCAAGGUUUCAAAAACUCUCCCACCCUUUUUGGUGAAACCUUGAGCUCAAACCUACUUGCCUUUAGACAGGAGCAUCCAGAAUGUACCCUACUCCAGUAUGUAGAUGAUCUUCUGCUGGCAGCAGCUACUGAGGAAAAUUGGUGACAAGCCACUGAGGGCCUGUUAGGCACCUUACAAGCAUUAGGCUACCGGGUGUCAGCCAAGAAGGCACAGUUGUGCUCCUCUGAUGUCACAUACCUGGGGUACAACAUUAGCAAAGGCAGACGGACCCUCUCCCUCAGUCGAAUAGAGGCAAUCUUACGAAUCCCCAUGCCUACAACCAAGAAGCAGGUUAGGGAAUUCUUAGGGGCAGUUGGAUACUGCCACCUAUGGAUACCGGGGUUCGCGGAGAUUGCUAAACCUUUAUACUCAAGUACUGGGGGAACGCAGCCACUGAACUGGACUGAAGUGGAACAACGGGCUUUUGAGGAGCUAAAGAACGCUCUCAUCUCAGCGCCUGCCCUAGCCUUGCCAGCCGUCACGAAGCCCUUCCACCUCUACGUGAGUGAGGUAAGGGGCAUUGCCAAAGGGGUUCUCACCCAGACUCUAGGUCCCUGGAAGAGACCUGUGGCCUAUCUGUCUAAGAGACUAGACCCUGUGGCGGCAGGGUGGCCAGCGGGCCUCUGGGGAGUGGCCGCCACAGCAUUGCCAGUAAAGGAGGCAGAUAAGCUGACUUUGGGCCAGGAACUAGCCCUGACAACACCCCAUGCUGUGGAAGCCCUCCUUCGAGGUGCUCCGGAGAGAUGGAUGUCAAACACCAGGGUGACCCAGUACCAAGCUCUUCUCCUGGACCAGCCCCACAUCCGAUUCCAUAAGACACUGACCAUCAACCCUGUCAGCCUGCUCCCAGAUGAUCCAGAUGAGCCCAUCCAUGACUGUAUAGAGGUAACGGAUGCAGUACAGACAGCCUGGCCAGAUCUGACAGAUGUCCCGCUAUCAUCACCAGAUGAGGUACUGUUCACGGAUGGGAGCAGUUAUGUUCAGGAUGGGAUCCAAUAUGCAGGGGCAGCUGUAGUCACCCUGAACCGUACCAUUUGGGCACAGUCCCUGAAUAGGGGAACCUCAGCGCAGAAAGCCGAACUUUUGGCCUUAAUCCAGGCCCUUCGGUGGGGAAAGGGAAGAGCAAUCACUGUUUAUACCGAUAGCCUGUAUGCCUUUGCCACAGCGCACCCUGGGGACUCCGUGUGGGUAAAGAAGUUCACUGUCCAAGGACUCACCCCAACUUGGAAGGGACCUUACACUGUCAUCCUGACUACACCCACAGCUAUCAAGGUUGAUGGCAUCCAGACCUGGCUACAACACUCUCAGCUGAAGGCUGCAGGAGAAGAAUGGACCGCCGACACCACCUCAGACCCCUUAAAGAUAAGACUCUCUCGG